GCCGCUCCGCCUCCCUUCCGCCUCCGUGGCCGCCGCCCGGCGCCGGGAGCCGCCGAGCUCCCCCGGGCGUGCGGCGCGGCGGCUGAGCCGCCCCCGGCCAUGUUCCCCCGGGCGCCGCUCCCCGCCGAGCCCCGGCGGGACGAGUCCCGCCGAGCGGCCGCCGGUGGGCGCCGGCGGGCACGGGCGCGGGGCGGCGGGGCGGCGCUGCUGCCCUCCAUGCUGAUGUUCGCCGUGAUCCUGGCCUCCAGCGGGCUGCUGCUCAUGAUCGAGAAGGGCAUCCUGGCCGAGGUGAAGCCGCUGCAGCCCGCGGCGGGGGAGCCGGCGCGGCGGGGCGGGGAUGCGGAGCCCCCCGGGGAGCUGGAGGCCGAGGUGCUGCGGGACGUCCGCAACCGGACGCUGCGGGGGCUGUGCGGGCAGCCGGCCAUGCCCCGCAGCGUCUGGGAGCUGCCGGCCGGGCAGCGGCGCACGGUGCUGCGGCACCUCCUGGUGAGCGACAAGCACCGCUUCUUGUACUGCUACGUGCCCAAGGUGGCCUGCUCCAACUGGAAACGCAUCCUCAAGGUGCUGGACGGGGCGCUGGAGAGCGUGGACGUCAAGCUGAAGAUGGACCACAAGAGCGACUUGGUGUUCCUGGGGGACAUGAAGCCGGAGGAGAUCAGCUACCGCCUGAAGAACUACUACAAGUUCAUCUUCGUGCGGAACCCCAUGGAGAGGCUGCUGUCGGCCUACAGGAAUAAAUUUGGGGAGAUCAAGGAGUACCAGCAGAGGUACGGGGUGGAGAUCGUCAGGCGCUACCGCAAGAACGGGGGGAAUUCGGCCGGCGACGACGUGACCUUCUCCGAGUUCCUGCGGUACCUGCUGGACGAGGAGGUGGAGAGGAUGAACGAGCACUGGAUGCCCAUCUACAACCUGUGCCAGCCCUGCGCCGUCCGCUACGACUUCAUCGGCUCCUACGAGCGCCUCAACGCCGACGCCAACUACGUCCUGGAGCGGGUGCGCUCGCCGUCCUUCGUCCGCUUCCCCGCGCGCCAGCCCUGGUACAACCCGGUGACGGCCGAGACGCUGCACUACUACCUGUGCAACACCCAGCGCCGCCUCAUCAAGGAGCUGCUGCUCAAAUACAUCCUGGAUUUCUCCCUCUUCGCCUACCCGCUCCCCAACAUCACCAGCGAGUUCUGCCGGCAAUGAGCUGCUGGGGGCGGCGUCGGGCGCGGGCUCCGCCAGGUUUGCCAGCGCAGCCGUCACUGUGCGGCACACGCUGCCGCCCGGCCCGUGGGACACGCUCGGCUGUGCAUUAGCUCAGAGUUUAUACUUUCCGAACACUCUUUAUAUAAGAUAUUAUAUAUUGCCUUUGCUACUAGGAUACUUUUUGUAGUCCCGAUUUUAAUGUGUACAUAUGCCGCUGACCUCAGCACAAGAGCUUUUGUAUAUCUAUUUUGCUUUAAAUGCUUUUUUAUGGCACGGUAUGGAAAACAUCUGUAAGGAAAUUGAGAAGUGGGUAUAUUUUAAAUAUUUUUCUGCUUUUUUUGUGUGUUUUGCACUACAUAGUAUGCAGCUGAAUCGCAAUUAUGAUUUAAUGUAGAGGCUGAUGUGCUAAAAAUUAGCACUGUUAAAACCGGUCCUACAUUAGACAGGGUAGUUUUUCAGGUAUAAUUAGAGAAAAGGCUUUUAUAAAUUAGGCCCUAUUUAUCCUCUAUUUUCUCAUCUGUAGGUGCUAGUUAGAUGAGGCUGGUCUCUUUUCUGUGACAGUAUUAGUACCUCUGGGUUUUCAUUAUUAUAUUAUUAUGAAUUAUUAUUAUUUACCGUUGAAAUAACACUAGCGAAAAUACUUUUGUGUGAUUUUAAGGUUUGAAAGUACCAGCUAUUUACCCAGCAUUAGGUAUCAGAUGCAAUAUCAAGCCAUAACAACUUGCUCUUUUCUGUCUCUCUGAAUUAAAGCAGUGCGGAGUUCUGCCGAGAUGAAGAAGUGCCCUGCUUCUUAGGGCAGAAAGCGAAGAGCAAAGCUCACAGCCUGGGGGGUGACCCCGCAAACCGCCCUGGGAACACACAGUGGCGGUGUGGGGAUUACUCCUUCUUUUAUAGAUGUACACACUGUUUUUAUAGCUGCUCCUAUUUAAUUAUGACGGUUCAAUGGCAGAAGUUGGGGAGAUAAUGUAUAAUGUCGUUCCUGGGAGGCUGCGCCCUCUUUUCUAAUAAAGUUUUUAUAGGAAUGA